AUGUUCAACGCGUCGCAUGUAGAUGAGCUGUUCGCCAGCACCACUCGCGCUUUGCAGCGCUCGCAGGUACUGCUUGAUGAGCGGCGCAGCGUCAUGCAAAGUCAGCAAGGCCUUCCGCCCAUGUUUUGCGUCGCCUCAUCUUCAGCUGCCUCGACCUCCAUCGGCUCAAGCGCCGCGGCACCGUGCGCCAGCACGAGUAGCAGCUUUGUCGAUACCGUCCGCUCCCUGCAGUCGCUCGGUGAGUUUCGAGCCUACGUCGAGGCGGCCGCUGAGAUGAUGGAGAGGGUACGCGAGGAAGGCAAGGCACCGUCUCCGGCGAUGCAGCAGCGGCGCGCAAAGGGUCAGGAUUUUGCGCUGCUGCAGAGCAUGACACGCGGACUGCGAGGGGCGAUGACGGCAGCGUGGCAGACGUCAGAGGCGACAGCCGCGCUGUGGGCGUCCUCAACGGAGGCUCGCGGUGGCGCUGAGGAGGCGGCAGACGCCGAAGACGCAGCGUCGGCAACGGCGGGAAACGCCUUGUGUGCAGCACCGGGUGCACACAGUGGCAGUACGCAGAGCAGCGGUGCGCAGCUCGCGUCGGCGCUUAUCUUUAGCGCCUUCUGCGUGGACCUUGCGAUCGCGGUGCCCCGUGCGGCCUCCGCCAUCGCGGCGGAGCUGGCAUCUGUCUUCCAACCGUCUAUCGAUAAUGUCAGGCCGCCAUCCCUGGUGUCGGAGUGGGUGAGAGAUGGCAACGUCAAGCUCAGCGCGCUGCUGCGCGACGUCGCUGCUCUGCUACCAUCAGGGGUGAAGACGCGCCUCGUCGCGCGCCUCGCUGACGUACUUUUUCGACCCUCUCCCGUCUUGCCCUGCUCCCCACAAGAGUCCUCCGGCCGCCCCCUGGGGUGUGAGCUCUUGAGCGGCGGCCAGCUACUUCUGCCGUCUUUGGACUACUACCUGCUUGAGCAGUAUCCCUCCUCGCUCGCGUCGCGGUGGUUUCUGCAGCCGCUGCAAACUACCGCUGAGCACCUCCGCGCCGACUAUUACGCGAGCGCCGACCAGUUUCACGGACAGUGUCGCUGGCUCCUUCGACUUGUCUUGACGCUCUUGUACGCCUGCCAGUCCGCCGCCCUGCCCACCUCAACGUCAUCCCGGCCACCGCUGGAGCGUCGAUGGCGCACCGCGCAACGACUCUACGAUGCGUGGCUGAUUCCGCUCGAGAAGACAUUCGGCAGCGGCACGGCGCGGCACGGCAUGUCGAUUUCGUUCAACCGCGCCCUUGUGCAGCCCCAUAGCCACGUGGUGGAGCGCCUGCUGUUUGCCUCAUCGCCCGCCUCAGAUGGCAGCGGCGUCAGCAAGGUGGUGCAACAGUCGCGUGAGUGGGCCGGCAUCCUUUACUCCGCGCAGUACCGCCUUCUUCUCAUCCUUGAGAAGCUGGCGCACUCGGAGGUGGCGCAGGCAAACGGCACCAGUAGCACCUCUGCGAAGCAGCGCACUUACGAAGCGAUGCUGCGCCAGAACGGCGGUAAAGUGAGUGUUUCCCUUCUGCAGACCCUCGCAGAGGACAAGCAGCUCGUGCUGGACGAGACGCCGUCGCGCUCGCCGGAGGGGCACCGUCUGUACAAGCUGCACGACGGCCUGCUCGAUGACAGCGGCAAAGCGGUGUUUGUGUACUUGGACGAUGGUGCGCUCUUCACGAAAGUCGGCAGAGCUCGCGCCUUCCAGCGCGUCAAGAGCGUCGAAGAGAUUUUCAAGCCGCUUCAAUGA